AUGGGCGUCAAGCUCGUUGGUGACUCGAAGCCCAUCAAGCCCUUCACUGUGGAGGAGCUGGCGGAGCGCCUGGAGGCCCAAAAGGCUUUCUACGAUGGCGUCUCCAUCUACUUGAAGCAGCGCGGCUCCCAGCCUCUGGAGACCAGCAUGUUCGCCCACGCGAAGCCUUCCACCCGUCCUGCUGCUCGAUUCACCGGUAACUACUCUCGCAGACCUGCUCCCAAGCCUGCUGCUCAGUCCGCCGGUCGUUUCGUCAAAAACCAGCCCCUGAAGAACCUCAACGAGGAUGGCAAGCACUAUGCCGAAAUGGCUCAGGGCAACAACAACAACGCUGGUCGUCCUUUUGUCCCAACUACUCAGGGCCCAUCCAACUUCCGCACCGGCACUGACAACAACAAUGGAGCUUCCAAGCCCUCCGGCCAGCGCCUGGUCUACAAUGGACUGAAGAAUUCCGAGGCCAUCUUUGCGGUCACUGCUCGCAUCAAUGCCGAACGCGCUGAACGCGAGGCUGCUAAGUUGUGUGAGGAGUCCAUGAAGUCUACCUCCGUCAAGAGUCUCGAUACUCCCAAGAUUGACACUCCCAAGGCCGUCGAUCCUGCCCAGAACAUCGUCGAGCGGAAGAACAUCACCGACAUCAAGAAGCUCAAUGAGCUCAAGGGCCAUAAUGGACCCCACGAUAUUGACAUGGUCAAGGAAAUAGCCGCUAGCGUGAAUGCUCAGCUGGCCGACGAGGAUAACGACGCCACCACUGUCAAGAACACCGAUGCUCCUAAGACCCUCUUUGAGUCCAAGAGCCUCGUCGCUACUAAGACCCCCACUGCUCCCAAGAACCUCUCCGAGCGCAAGAGCCCCAUCGCCGCCGAGACCAUCAACCAGCGCCAGGGCUACAAGGGACCCCAGGACUUCGACGCCGUCAAGAAGGCCGCUGCUCGCAUCGAAGCUCAGAAAAAUGUUUCCAAGAACCUCCGCGAGCCGAUAAACCCCACUGUCGUGAAGACCCUCGAGGCUCCCAAGAACCUCGUUGAGUCCAAGGGCGUUAACCCCGACAAGAGCCUUAACGGCAGUGUCCACGCUCCUAAGAACUUCACCGGCGCCACGGGCAUCAAUGCUACUAAAACCGUCAAUGCCCCUAAGACCGUCAGUGCUCCCCACACCAUCAAUGCUCCUAAGGCCUUCAUCAACCAGCGCAGGGGCUACAAUGAACCCAAGGAUUUGGACAUCGUCAAGGAGGCCGCGGAUCGUAUCCAUGCUCAGAGCAAUGCUUCCAAGAACCUUGCUGAGCCAAUGAGCUUCGGCGGUGCCAACCCCAAGGCACAGGCCUUUGUUCCUGCCUCUUGCGCCGAUAGCAAGCCGAGUCUGGCCAACCCGGGUCUGACCAAUAAUGACGAUUGGAUGGCACAUGCCCGGGGUUUCUUCUCCAAUGGCGGUAUCGGAAGCAUUCGCACUGGCCGAUCUACGACAACCCGUGAGCCUCCUGUUGAGCGUGAGCCUCCUGCUCGCGCUUUCCUCUUCAAGAACAUUCCGGACUGGAUGAGCCUUUCGGAUGUUAUCGGCCUCGUCCAUGGUGGCGCUAUCGACUGCAUUUUCCGCUCGGAAAUGGCAGAGAUCACUGUGCAGUACUGCGAGGAGGCUGCUUGCAAGGCAUACCUGGAGGCCUUCCCCAAUGGCAUCAAGGUUGCGAACCCUGGUAACCCCACUGAGGAGGUUACUAUCGACGUUGAGAAGGCUCCCCGUGGCCAGGAGAUUCCCCCUCCUCUGCAAGUUAAGAUCGGCUCUGGUGGCUCCCGCCUGGUGCGCGUUGAUGGAAUUCUCGACGCCGCGACCAUCAAGGCACUUACUGUCCGUGCUAUGGAGUACGAAGUGGACCACUUUGAAAUCCGCGCCGAGAAGAACAAGACUGGCUCUGCCUACUUCUUCUUCUGCGGCUUGACCGACGGCUGGAGCUUCAGACAGAAGCUAAAGCAGGAUGAGGACUGGGCGGAUUACGCUGCCGAGUUCAUGGCUGACCCCUGCAAGGUCGCCACAUCUUUCCACGGGAACACGAUUCCCAACCGUAUGGCUUCCGCCGUCGCGGCUGUGUGA